CGCAGACAGUGGCCUGUUGGGGGUAGGAGAUUACGGCGGCGAGCCCUGGUCCUCAAAAAUAUCCCUGCAACUUAUCCUUGUAGCAGGCAUAAUUCAAUAAGGAGGCCUCCUAAUAGUGCAUCUGUGGUCACAGGCGGAUCUUUUCGCAUACUGGUAUGGUCGUAUUGCUGAAGCUAGCCGGGUAAUUGUGCCUAUUUGGGGAUGUUCGCUUACCUCCGCCCACUUACCCUCACGGGCGAGUGACUGGGACGCCUAACUGAUAGCGACUUGAAACACAUGACAUAACGGUGCAACUGAGAG